CGACCAUGUUCUGGUAUGUUCUGGCAACGCCGCCAUGGCUGGCGCGAAUUCCAGCCCGCCCCGUCGCCGCUCUACUUAUUGCCAGCACAGCGCUCUCGCGGUCCCACAUAUACGUGACGACCUACCAGAUACCACUUUCCCCGCUCCCUUCUUUCCCAACCACAUACCACACUAGCUGAUCCAUCAUGGGUACGGACUACUACAAGUUGCUCGGCAAGGCCUAUCGGAAGAUGGCCUUGAAAUGGCAUCCCGACCGCAACAAAGGGUCUGACGAAGCCACCAAGAAAUUCAAAGAGAUCUCCGAAGCCUUCGAGGUUCUCAGCGACAAGCAGAAACGAGCCGUUUACGACCAGUUCGGAGAGGAGGGCCUCAAGGGCGGAGGCGUACCGCCACAAGGCGCAGGAGGCCCUGGCGGGGGCGGCUUCUCCAAUUUCGGCGGCUUCCCCGGUGGGACGUUCUCCUUCUCCACGAGCUCACCAGGCGGUGGAGGCUUCCAGAGUAGCGGGUAUAACCCAACAGACCCCCAGAAGAUAUUCGAGGCGUUCUUCGGUGCGGGAGGUCUGGGUGGAUUGGGCGGCAUGGGAGGUAUGGGUGGCUUCGGCGGCGGCGGUGGUCGCAACCGCACGGGCAGCAUGUUCGCGAGCGAGGAUGACGACAUGAGUGGAUUCCCAUUCGGCGGCAUGCCCGGUGGCAUGCCAAACGGUCGCUCAACACCCCGCACCGGUGCGCGGAGACCAUCAUCCCCAGCACCUUCCGCAGCACCCUCCGAGAUCACUCGUCCGCUCAAGGUAUCAUUAGAGGACGUCUACGCGGGCACAAGCAAGCACCUCAAAAUCGGGCGGAAACUGCUCAGCGGCGACACCGAGGAGAAGGUGCUCGAGAUCAGCGGCACGAAGGUGCGCUUCCCGCGCGCGGGCAACGAGCAGCCCACGGGCGAGGCGCAGGACCUCGUGUUCGUCCUCGAGGAGAAGCCGCACGACCGGUUCGUCCGUGAGGGCAACGACAUCGUGUGCCACCUUCGCUGCCGCUUCGGCGUGGUGAAGCCCGGGCAGAAGACGGUCCUGUCGGGCGAGGGCAUGCCGAUUCGGAAGGAGGGUGCGGUACGGAGGAAGGGCGAUCUGAUCGUUCAGUGGGAUGUAACCUUCCCGGACCGGCUUACACCAGCACAGAAGGAGGGCGUCCGGAAGGUGCUGGGUUAAUAAUACACAGCUAUUCAUGGAGGACUUGACGGACGUUUAUCGCAUUCACUAUGUAGCAAUUAUCGUUGUAGUAUUCUAGAUACUCCUCACAUUAUAUGCAUAUUUCGCUCACCUUGC